AUGUUAUCAGAAACAAAUUCCUCCCUAAAAAGAACAAUUUCCUUUUUAACAAGGGUAGUUUUGGUAGCCAAGAUAUUUCGUGGCAUUCUCCAUCCAUAUAUACCCACCCAACAUUUGCGUUUUGACUGCUUGAAAUACGGAGUCAGUAACAGUGAAAGAAGAAGUCCAUUGAGAAAGAAGAAAUCAUCACAAUUUGGGGGUGGGAAUUCGGGAGUGAGGACUGAAAAGUUGAAAUCGGGUUAUAGAGAGUUGUUUAGUAGAGAAAAAUUGGGAAAAAUAGCUGAUUUUAUGUCGGCAAGUUCAUUGGCUGGGAUUGGGGCUCCGGUGAAGCUCUGGGUUGAUACUUCUGCUCUGUUAAUCUGUUUUACUCUCUGCUGUAUAAUUCAGCAGAGUUUUUACAUUUGUUUUUUAACAGUUUCGAUGCGUUUGAGGCCUAAAAGGACCUGUUCUGGUGUAGAGUGUUUUGGUUGUUUUCAUAUACAGAGGAGAGCCUUUAGUCUUUUCCUGUACCUGAGACGGCCUGUUUACACAAUCAAAAACCAAAUUUUUUGUUAA